AUGGCGGUGCAAAUGAUGGGGUAUUCUAACAUGAACGAGCAAGUGGCGUUGCAGGAGGCGGCGACGGCGGGGUUGAAAUCAAUGGACGAUUUAAUCCGGCUGGUUUCUCGUAAUGAAAAACAAAACAAGCAAAUCGACUGUACAGAAAUAACUGAUUUUACGGUUUCUAAGUUUAAGAAAGUUAUACCUAUUCUGAAUCAGACUGGCCAUGCCCGUUUCCGCCGGGCUCCGGUACAUCAUCCGACACCGGAGCGGUUCACUUCAGUUGAGUAUCAAAAUCGUGUUUCUGGGUCCCGUCAGUUGCCUCCGGAGCAUCCUCCCGUUUCUGGGUAUUAUAAGCCUCAGCAGAAUCUUAAUCUCAAUCUAUUCCCUACAUCUCCGGUAGCUGCUUUGACGCUGGAGCCCGUUCCGGCACCGGCAUUUACUCUUGAUUUCAUCAAUCCAAGCGCGGUGGGUUCCACCCCAUUUGCUAAGGACUGCACUAACGACGUGACGUGCAAAGAGGGCUUCGGCUUAUCGGCAGCACUGUCGACGUCAGGGAACUCGUCAACGACGUUCAUUUCGUCUAUCACUGGCGACGGGAGCGUGUCAAACGGCAAAGGUGGGUCGUUCUCUAUGUUUACGAUUCCGGCAGUCCCGUCUAUCUCCGCCGGAAAGCCUCCACUCUCCGGGAAGAGGUGCCGGGAGCACACCCAGUCCGAUAACAUCUCCGGCAGGUGCCAUUGCAAGAAGAGGAAAUCGAGGGUAAAGAGAACAAUUAGAGUCCCAGCUUGUAGCUCCAAAAUUGCAGAUAUUCCAGCUGACGACUAUUCGUGGAGAAAGUAUGGUCAAAAGCCGAUCAAGGGUUCACCAUACCCACGGGGUUAUUACAAGUGCAGUACGGUAAGGGGAUGCCCUGCAAGAAAGCACGUCGAGAGGGCUACCGAUGAUCCAUCAAUGUUGAUAGUAACUUAUGAAGGGGAGCACAGGCAUACGCAACACACAAUGCAGGGGGAUGACCAAUUUGUCGUGUUUGAGUCGGCCGGCUGA